AUGCACGAGGAGGAGUCGCUGUACAAUCGAAUUCAGGAGAAGAUCAUCAAGGCGAUCGGCUUUCCGAUUCCGGCGUUUUAUGGUCGAGGACUGUUUCAGUACUCCUUUGGCAUUGUGCCCUUCCGAAAGCCGAUCACCACUGUUGUGGGCAAACCAAUCGACACCGAGGCGACGCCCAAUCCAACGCAGGAGCAAAUUGACGCCCUUCACCAGACGUACAUUGACGCCGUGGUGCAGCUGUUUGAGGAGAACAAGGACAAGUACGGCGCCGCCGAUGUGGUGCUCAAAAUUAAGUAA